AUGGCUCUUUUAAAAGUGAAGUUUGACAUGAAAAAACGAGUGAAGCUUGCCCAGAUGCUGUGGUUCAUGUACUGGUUAGCUAUGAUGGCUGGUGUGCUGGUCUUCAGCUUGGGCAUUUUCUUUAAAAUUGAACUGCGUAAGCGAAGUGAGCUUAUGGACAACAAAGAAAGCCACUUUGUGCCCAACCUGAUUAUUAUUAUGGGAUUGCUUGCCUGUGGCAUUAAUGCUUUUGGUGGAAAGAUUUGCUAUGACUCACUGGAUCCCUCAAAAUUUGGCAAGUGGAAGACCAUUAUAAAGCCUUUUCUUAUCUGCUGUUUGCUCUACAACACUCUCUUCUUUUUUACAUCGUUUUUGUGCUUCACCAUGCGCAUCCCUCUACAGUUCACACUGGCAGAAGGCCUAAAAAAUGGCAUGAAAUACUACAAAGACUCAGAUGUACCUGGUCGCUGCUACAUGAAGAGAACUCUAGAUGUAUUGCAGAUAGAGUUUCACUGCUGUGGAAAUAACAACUACAAAGACUGGUUUGAAAUCCAGUGGAUUAGCAAUCGUUACCUGGACUUUAGCUCUAAAGAAGUUAAAGACCGAAUCAGCAGUAAUGUGGAUGGACAAUAUUUGUUGGAUGGAGUCCCAUUCAGCUGCUGCAACCCUAGCUCUCCAAGACCCUGCAUCCAUUACCAAGUAACCAACAACUCUGCCCACUACAGUUAUGACUAUCACACUGAGGAACUGAACAUCUGGACACGUGGCUGCAGGGAAGCUUUAGUUUCCUACUAUGGAGGGUUGAUGAACAGCAUUGGUGUGCUGGCGCUGUUUGUGACAAUGCUAGAGAUUGGUGUGAUGGUGGGACUGCAGUAUGUGAACACUUCUUUAUCUACACUGGUCAACCCAGAAGACCCUGAGAGUGAAAGUGAAGGUUGGAUCCUGGAAAAAACACUCAAGGAAACCUUUACUGACAUCAUGGCUAAAAUAAAGGCCAUGGGCAAAGGCAAUCAGGUAGAGGAAGGGGAAAAGGAGCAGGCAGUUGCCACAGUGAGCUGAGUAUGCAUCACCCACUAGAACAGAGGAUAGUGGUAGCUUAGUUGUUAAGGCGGCAAAGGUCUCAAUUUUUGUAAUUGACAUUCAUAAUUGGCAGCAUUUUCA